AUGGCUCUGAGGGCCUCAUGGACGGAAAAUGGGGGACAGUCAAGUCAGGUCAGGAUUGGAGAGGAUGGAGGAGCCUCGUUCUCGGCCGUCUUGGCUCUUCUUUUCCCAUCAUCGCUGCUGCUGCACCCAACGCGGGUUCCAGCUGGCGGGCUCUCCAAUGCUCGAACCAGGGCUCACGCGCACGCCGCCACGCCAGCGGCCAGUCGAAUCACCUUCGACAUCCCUCGGUCUUAUGUCCCCAGUGACUUUCGGCCCAUCGAUCUUGACCCAUAUCUACUAUCUGAUUUCUACGACUCUGCGUCGUCCUCCUUCAUCCUCCCGCCCCCAUCAUGA